AUGCUCGAAGACCUGGGAUUAUGUCUUUGGCAUUUGAGCCUCGCUCUUGCCUUUAUACUGGGCGUCAUCGUUCUCUACAAGCCAGAUCGCGAUUUCAUUGACGUGCCCACCAUCAAGUACAGUCGCUACCUACCCACUUUCUUCAAUCGUGUGAUUUUCUACGCUGUUGGUUCGCAGCUCAUAGACGAGGGCUACGAGAAGUACAAGGACACCCCAUUUCGCAUCCUCAAAGCCGAUGGAGACCUGAUCGUGUUGCCGGCCAAGUAUAUCGACGAGCUGCGUAAUGUUGCACCAUCUGAGCUGAGCUCUUUGGAUGCUCAGUAUAACAAUGUGCUCGGGAAGUAUACAAACGUGUUGGUUGAGAGUCGUUUGCCUUCGCUCACUGUUACGAAGUGGCUCAAUCCUGCGAUUGGUCGGUUGAUUCCUAACCUUAUUGAUGAGCUUCAGUAUGCUUUCGACAUUGAGGUCCCCAAGUGUGAUAACAAAUGGACCCCCGUCAACCUCUACAACAUGCUCCUAGGUCUCCUCACCCGCGCCACCUCCCGUAUCAUCUGCGGCGACUUGAUCUGCCGAAACGAAAAAUGGCUAGAAACCGUCACCAACUACACCAUCAAUGUCGGCAUCACAGUCAUUCUCCUCCGUCCAUUCCCCAAAUUCCUCCGUCCCCUGGUCGCCAAGUUCCUCCCUAGUGUACGCAAGCUCAAUAAGCAGGUCCAAUUCGUCAAGCAGGAGCUGUUCAUCCCUAUGAUCAAUGCGCGUCGUCAUGCGGAGAAACAUAACCCGAGUUACCAGAAGCCAGAUGACUUUCUGCAGUGGAUGAUGAAUGGAGCUGAUAACCCUCGUGAUGCGGAUGCAGACUUUAUGGCGCACAAUCUGUUCAUUAUUAUGAGUCUGGCGGUUGUGCAUACCAGCUCGAUACUAAUGACGCAUAUGCUUUACGAUCUGAUUGAUAUGCCGGAGUAUCUGGAGCCCUUACGAGAAGAAAUUCAGGCCACGCUUGCAAAUGGUUGGACCAAUGCCACUCAUUCCUCGUUCAUCUCCCAGCAUCGUAUGGAUAGCUUCAUGAAAGAAGUACAGCGAUUCAACCCUACUGGUGAAGUAUCUAUGCACCGCAUCGUCCGCCGCCCUGUAAUCCUCACAGACGGCCUCGUCCUCCCCGUUGGCGCCCACAUCUGCUUCGCAGCCGGCCCCCUCUCCCGCGACCCUAAAAUCAUUUCCGAUCCAACACCCUUCUCCGGCCUCCGCUGGUCCGUGAAUCCCGAAAUCAAAACGAACAGUUUCGUCAGCAUUGGCCCGCACAAUAUGCAUUUCGGAUUUGGACGCCAGGCGUGCCCUGGUCGGUUUUUUGCGUCAGUUACGAUUAAGGCGAUUAUGAGCCGGAUUAUCGCGGAGUAUGAGUUUAAGUAUGAGGGGAAGAGGAAGGAACGACCGGCGAAUGUGAGGAUUGGGGAGCAGAUCAUGCCUAAUGUGGGGACGAAGAUUGUUAUGAGGAAAAGGAAGGGAGUUGUUGUUUGA